CUGAACAAAAUGAAUUUCAUUACAAGGCUUUCUGCUUUAUGUCUGAGGAAAAGCAAGAUGCAACAGAGGCACCAAAGUAGUAGACGACCAGCUGUUCCACUUGGAUCACGAAUUUUAACUGAUCCUUCUAAGGUUUUUGAGCAUAACAUGUGGGACCACAUGCAGUGGUCACAAGAAGAAGAGGAAAAUGCCAAGAAAAAAGCGAUAGAGAACUCACUUGUGAAAGUCCAACAGGAAAUCCGAGAUAAAUAUGAAAGAGAAGCCAGUAAAUACUGGAAUGAAUUUUACAAGACUCAUAAAAAUAACUUUUUCAAGGAUCGCAAUUGGCUGUUUCUGGAGUUUCCAGAAAUUCUUCCAGAAAAAAGGAGAGAAGAGUUGAAAACAGAAGAAAAACCUUCAGAACACGAAAAAAGAAAUAGUACCAGCAGUUUUUCACACAAAAAUGAAAUGUUUGAGGAAAGAGAAGAAUACUGGACCAAAAAUUAUGGAGGUGGUUCUGCAUCUGUACAAGGACAUGUAUGUAAUAAAAAACAAGCAGAAUCUCUUACUGACAAUCCUCAGGAUAAAAACUGUGGAGAAGAACUUGGCAGGCUAGAAUCCUUCCCUGGUAGUGAUGCUGCUUACAGAAUAUUAGAGGUUGGUUGUGGUGCUGGAAACAGUGUAUUUCCAAUUUUGAAAGUUCUAUGCAAAACACCUGGAACCUUUCUGUACUGUUGUGAUUUUGCUUCAGGAGCAGUGGAGCUGGUUAAGUCACAUUCGUCCUACAAUUCAGCCUGGUGUUCUGCCUUUGUUCAUGAUGUGUGUGAUGAUGCUUUACCCUAUCCUUUUCCAGAUGAGAUCCUGGAUGUCAUUCUCCUUGUCUUUGUGCUCUCAACUAUUCAUCCUGACAGGAUGCAAAGGGUUGUAAAUAGGUUGGCCAAACUACUGAAACCUGGAGGAAUGUUGUUAUUUCGAGACUACGGAAGAUAUGAUACAACUCAACUUCGUUUUAAAAAAGGUCAUUGCUUGUCAGAAAACUUUUAUGUACGAGGAGAUGGAACCAGAGUGUAUUUCUUUACCAAAGAUGAGGUAUGGAACAUGUUCAACAUGGCUGGAUUAACUGAAGUACAGAAUUUAGUUGAUCGGCGAUUACAAGUAAACAGGAAGAAAAAAGUGAAAAUGCAGCGUGUUUGGAUACAAAGCAAGUUCCAAAAACCAUUGCUGCCAUCUCUGAAUAAUACUGAAGAAACUACCGAAAGGCACCUUAAUAGGUAA